GUUUAUUUUAAGUUUUCCUGCAAGCGGCACGUGUGUGGCUAGUUGUUCUUCUGAUCUGCAAGGUGAGUGAGUAAUAUUACUUCGUCAUGGACAACAAUGCAUUUGAGAAAGAAGACGAGAAUUCAAAGCAAAAUGGCAACAAUACUAUUCCAAUACCCCAACCCCAACCGGAAAUACCCCAAUAUCGAAGGGAAAGCUACCGACCUUCCGUAACCUGCAUUACUACGAAACCACCUCUAUCAAAUGACAAAGGGGACCAAUUGUUAUACGGCCUCGAUGAUGUGCCUCCAUGGUAUAUGUGUCUAUUCCUGGGCUUUCAGCACUACCUCGAAAUGAUCGGUGCAACGGUGGCGUGUCCAUUCCUCCUCACUCCGGCCCUAUGCAUGGAAGAUGACGACCCGAACAAGGCUAAUAUCAUCUCAACCCUGGUGUUCAUGUCUGGCAUCAUCACCCUCCUCCAGAGCACCGUUGGGUCACGUUUGCCGAUCGUGCAGGGAGGCUCCUUCUCAUAUCUUGUCCCUACCCUGGCAAUCCUGAACUUGCCGCAGUGGAAAUGCCCCGGAAGCGAGGUCAUGGCCGGUUUGACCCUGGAUGAGAAAACGGAACUCUGGCAAGUUCGGAUGAGAGAGAUUCAAGGCGCCAUCAUUUUCGCAGCCUUGUUCGAAACCGUGUUUGCAGCGACGGGGUUUAUCAGCUACUUGACAAACUUUAUUACGCCGUUGACCGUUGCCCCAGCGAUCAGUUUGAUCGGAUUGUCGCUCUUUAAAAAUGUGACGGAACAGAUUUCAAAAAAUUGCAUUGUUGCAUUUGCGAUGGUUUUUCUACUUAUCUUGUUCUCGCAGCACUUUAAGAAUAUCAAAAUACCGACACCGUUUGGUAAAUUGGGAUCGAAUGGGAAAAAGGAGAAAUUUCCAGUAUUUCAAGUUUUUCCUGUUCUACUAUCUCUCACCAUCGUUUGGGGCGUAUGUGGCAUCUUGACCGUGACGAAUAUUUUACCAGUGGGGGACCCUGCAAGAGCCGAUUCAAAAUUAAGAAUACUACAGGGCUCACCGUGGUUCAGGGUUCCAUAUCCUUUCCAAUGGGGUUGGCCAACAGUUUCAAUUGGAGCAGUGAUUGGCGUCCUGUGUGGCGUGAUGACGUCCACAAUCGAAUCGAUAGGGGACUAUUAUGCAUGUGCUCAGAUUGCAAAAACACCUGUACCACCGGCACAUUGCAUGAAUCGAGGAAUCUUCGUCGAAGGGCUGGGCUGCGUUUUGAGCGGAAUUUGGGGUUCUGGCAAUGGCUCGACGUCCUACUCAAAUAAUAUCGGCACCAUCAGCGUCACCAAAGUGGCGUCUCGUCGUGUCAUCCAGGUCGCCGGGGUUUACAUGAUAAUUCUCUCGUUGGUGGGAAAAGCGGGCGCGAUAUUUAUUGGGAUCCCUGACCCCAUUUUGGGCGGCAUGUUCUUAUUUAUAUUUCCACUCGUUAUGGCUGUCGGACUUGGGACGCUGUCAGAAAUCUGCUUAGAAUCGUCAAGGAAUAUUUUCAUUGUUUCAUUUGCCAUUUUUACUGGAUUGGCCGUCUCUCAAUGGGCACAAGCAAAUCCCACCAUAAUUGAUACAGGGUCUCCGGAGUGGGACAGCAUUAUUCAGAUUUUACUCAGUACUGGAAUGUUUGUCAGCGGUGCUGUGGGGUUUAUCUUGGACAACACGAUUUCGGGAACUGACGAGGAACGUGGCUUCACUAGACGACACGAGGCUGAACGUGAAGCGGAAACGAGUUUGGACACAACAUAUGAACUUCCAGUUGGAAUGAACUUCAUACGACGGUUUAAAUUUUUCAAGUGGAUUCCCAUUUCGCCAACGUACAAAACACAUCCAAUCUCAAAACUGCCAUUUUUUCGAGGAAAUAAGGAAUCUAGGAGAAAUUCUCAUCAGCUGAAUACUAUUUAUGCGAAUGGAGUCCAUUUUAAUGGAGAGAGAAAAAGUAGUGGAGUUUGAUAAGGCAGUAAUUUAUAAGAGAUAAAUAUUUAAUUCUGAAAUUACAUCGUACAUUAACUAUUAAAAAACGGUCGCAACAUUA